AUGCAGGAGUCUGACUUGAUGGACCAGUUGCCAGACGGCCAAAGUCGGGGGGAUGCCGAGACUGAGCAGAUCAUGCUGGUCUCGCUGGGUUGCUUCUGUGGGCCGAAGCUCUCAUUCAAGAACAUCGGCAGAGGUGCUGAGACACUGCCCUUUGACUGGAUGCGGACGCGGCAUGAGGGCUUGGUACAUUUUUUGCGGAACGACUGGGGCAAGAGAUCGAAUUGGAAUGGCUUCUUUGACUUCAAUUCCAAGAAGGUGGUGCCUGGCUGCAACAUGACAACGUACAGGAGUUAUUACCAUUCCUUCUGGCACGAUGAUCCUACUGAUCCUGGCAUGCACGAGAGAUACCUUCGACGCAUCAAUCGCUUCAACAAGAUCGAUGCCAAGUCGAGGCCGGUGCUGUUCGUGCGGACGAUACCAACAACAGAGGAGCUCAAGGAUGUUCCGGAGCUUCUCAAUCUGCUGCGAAAGCGGCACGGAGAGCAAGCAUACUUGCUCCUCAUAAUUGAUUUCCAGAAGACGGCCGAUGGGCCGGCAGUGGUUGAAGGCAUGGAUAACAUCAUGGUGCAUUACAUGGCUGGCAGCAAGCACGUGAACCAGGAGGGCUUGCCUGCUCCUCCCUAUGGAGAGGCAGUGAACCUGGCACUGGAUUGGAUUGUUGGUCGACCGGUGGGCGUGAUGCAGUUUGAUUCUUGGGAUACCAUCAUGAAGUGUGCUGACCGGACAGACUGGGGUCUCAACGGCCUGGGCGGGCUUUAUGCCUUCGAGCCGAGCUUGGAGGCCCCCGAAGAAGAGCCUUUUGAGUCGAUGCCGGAUCCGUUGCCGCAGCUCCCGGCGGAGCGCUCGCAGUUCCUGAUAGAGGAUUAUGCGGUGAAGGCUCUCGAAGGAGAUCGGCUUGGCCUGGAGAACCUGAAAGUGGUCUCCCUUGGCUCGACGGGUCUGGUGAAGGCUUCGCUGUUGUCGCUGGCGCUGAACACACCCGAGCUGCCCUUCGAUUGGCUGCAGAUUAGCGAUGCAGGUGUGCUGCACUUCCUGCGCAAAGGCUGGGAGGCGCCAACCCGCGAAGGGCUGGGAGCCGGUGGGCAGCGUCCUUCCGAGAAGCACGGCUUCUUCGACUACACCACGAGGAGACGUGUGCCCGGCACCUCUCUUAUGAUGUGUCGCUCGCACGUCCAUUCCUUCUGGCACGAUGAUCCUGCGAUACCAGAGGUUCGUCAAAAAUUCACCAAGCUGUUUCAGCAGUUCGAUGAGCUCACAGAUGAACCCGACGUUCUCAAACUCUUCGUCAGAGCCGUGGCGACCUCCAGCGAGCUUGGACGGGCUCGGGACUUGAUGCAGGCGAUAACGAAGAAGUUCGGCAAGCAAGCCGCGCUGUUGCUGAUCUGCGACUUCCAAAGUCAAGUCCGGGGCCCGCACAUGGUGGAUCCUUUCGAGGAUCUCAUGGUCUAUUUCCUUGAGGGAGAUGCCCACAAGGAAGCGAUCCCGUACAAGAAGCCGAUCAUUGCAGCUUUGGAUUGGAUUGCAGGUAGAGAGCUUCAGAUAAGCGUUGCCCCCGACUUGAAGGCGCUGGAAGCCUUGGCUCAGCCAACCUCCUGGGGACUGCGAGGCUUAGGCGGCUUCCAUGCCUUCGAGAUGUUGACAGCAUCAGCAGAUGAGUGGCUACCCGGGCCUGAAGAGCAGUGGUUGGUAGAUGCUAAGUUCGAGGCGGACAAGGAGUCACUGGCUCUCGUGUCCCUCGGCUACCACGAGAAGCUUGGUCAGGCAUUGCACGAGUUCAAUGCCGAAGCUUCGCCAUUCGAUGGCUGCUUCGUUAGUGGUGAGGGCGUUCUCCAUUUUCUUCGUUCCGACUUCUGUGACUUCCUCGAGGUGCCCAAGGCAGAGAAGGUCCCAGGCACGGAUUUUUUCGUACGUCGCUCGUGCUACCACAGCUUUUGGGACCAUGACGGCGAGUCGGCACUGAACUCUGCGAAAGAGGGUUUAAGAUCCUUCCGGGAGCUCCUGCAGACAACCCGAACCAAGCUCUUUGUUCGCGCGGCUGCAAAUGCUGACGAGCUGCUUUUGAUUGGGGAACUGUACGGCGAGCUGACAAAACGCUUUGGUCGUGCACUGCUUCUUGUUCUCCUGAGUGGGCAGGCAACCCGGACAACCUUCACGCUGCAAGACAACUACAACAUCCUUGUUCAGUUCUUUGAGGAGGAGGAGGAUGCGCAGACUGGAAGCAUGAGAUGUUACACGGAGAACGUGAAGAAGUGCUUGGACUGGGCAGUUGGCAAGCCGAGUAAGGUCGGAGUCGUCCCCGACCUGGCGGCGCUGAGAGGACUGGUGACUGCACCAAAUCCGCCGAUCUCCGGCCCGGGAGGCGCUCUCCCCGAAGUCUGCGCUCUCUUCAAAGAGGACUUGCAUCUGGCUUCGACAACAGAUGAAUCCCCGGAGAGCUCCAUGUCAAAUUCUUCUUCGCCAGCCAAAAUAACAGCAUCGGUGGACAAUGGCCCAAGCUGCUAA